AAAAUCGUCUAUAAACCUCUCUUAAAUGACCAUUUUAACUCUCUCUCCUCUACAAAAACACUCUCUCUCUACAAAAACGCGCACUCUCUCUCUAUCUCUAUAUCCUUGGUCGUGCACUCCAACGAGUCGUCUAUAAAAUAUUCUGGUCUUCAUUCCCAUCUUCAGAAGCCGUCUGCAAACAUCUUCACAUCAAAUCUCUCUACAAGGUGUUCCCCGUCUCUUUCUCUCUCUUGACAUCUCUCUAUUUUUUAUUUUUGUUGACAUUUCUCUCUCUAAACAACUCUCACGAGUUCAUUUUCAAUUCCAAUACCUCCCGUCUGCAUUUCCCCUUCGUCUUAAUCACCUUAUCUCCCUCUCCAAUCCAUUUUCGCCCCAAUCAAUCAAUCUCGCUCUCUUUCUCUCUCUAAAAUCCACAAUGGGUAUGUGUCUGAGCCACCAGGAGACUCCACCGGAAUACCCCACCAAGCCCGGAAACCACACACCACACCACCCAUCUCCCGGAAACCAUACACCACGCCAUGGGAACCACACCCCUAACCACCCCUCUCCGGGGAACCACACGCCACACCGCCGCUCUCCGAACCAUACACCGCCCCUCUCGCCGGCCCGGUUCUUCAACCUCCGCCCCCGCGUCGGCACUGUCCUCGGCCGCCCCCUGGCCGAUGUCUGGGCCUCCUACAGCAAGGGCAAGGAGCUCGGCCGCGGGCAGUUCGGCAUAACCCACCUCUGCACCGACCUCUCGACCGGCCGGCAGCUCGCCUGCAAGACUAUUGCCAAGCGCAAGCUCACCCACAAGGAUGACAUCGAGGACAUGCGGCGCGAGGUCCAGAUCAUGCACCAUCUGGCCGGCCAUGAGAGCAUCGUAGAGCUGGUCGACUCCUUCGAGGACCGGCAUUCGGUGAAUCUCGUGAUGGGGUUGUGUAGCGGAGGUGAGUUGUUCGAUAGAAUUAUCAAGAGGGGGCAUUACAGUGAGAGAGAGGCGGCGGGGCUGGUGAGGGCUAUGGCAAGGGUUGUGCAUACUUGCCAUUCCAUGGGGGUUGUGCAUAGAGACUUGAAGCCUGAGAACUUUUUGUUCCUCAGUGAGGAGGAGGACUCGCCUCUUGUGGUCACUGAUUUUGGGCUCUCUGUUUUCUACAAGCCAGGGGACGUGUUCAAAGAUGUCGUAGGGAGUGCAUAUUAUGUGGCUCCUGAGGUUUUGAAGCGAAACUAUGGACCAGAGAUUGAUAUAUGGAGCAUUGGUGUCAUACUUUAUAUACUCCUCUGUGGAACUCCUCCUUUUUGGGCAGAGAGCGACGAGGGUAUUUUUGAUGAGAUCAUGAGAGGUCUUAUAGAUUUCCGUAGCGAACCAUGGCCAUCGAUCUCUGCAGGUGCAAAGGACCUGGUGAGGAAGAUGUUGAAUCCUGAUCCCAAGCAAAGACUCACUGCCUUCCAAGUUCUAAAUCAUCGAUGGACCAAGGAGGAUGGUGAAGCUUCUGAUACUCCUCUGGACAACGCAGUUCUGAACAGGCUGAAGCAGUUCAGAGCCAUGAACAAAUUCAAGAAAAUUGCUCUCAGGGUUAUAGCAAAAGGUUUAUCUGAAGAAGAAAUCAUGGGGUUGAAAGAAAUGUUUAAGGGAAUGGACAGAGAUAAAAGUGGCACCAUCACCUUCGAAGAAUUAAGGCGCGGCCUUGCCGCCCAAGGGUCGAAGCUUACAGAGACGGAGGUUAAGCAAUUGAUGGAAGCGGCCGAUGUCGAUGGGAAUGGUACAAUUGAUUAUGAUGAAUUUGUCACAGCAACAAUGCGUUUGAACAAAAUACACAAAGAGGACCAUCUUUAUACAGCUUUCCAGUACUUUGAUAGAGAUAACAGUGGGUAUAUUACAAAAGAGGAACUGGAGCAAGCCUUAAGAGAACACGGUUUGUACGAUGGUCGAGACAUAAGAGAUAUCAUCGCAGAAGUUGAUGCAGACAAUGAUGGUCGGAUAAAUUACGAUGAAUUUGCAGCCAUGAUGAACAAAGAAAAUGCAGAACCAAAGGCUAAGAAGAGACAGGACAUAUUUGCUUAUGACCCAAAAUAAACCCUUUCCAAAUCCCUUCGUUCUUUGUACAGUAUUGGAGUGAAUUGUUUUAAAUAAUGGGACGAUGUAGAUUGAUUUUUGUAAAUGGUACUAGAAGCAGUCGUUCUUUGUACAUUAUUGGAGUGAAUUGUUUUAAAUAAUGGGAUAAUGGAGAUUGAUUUUUGUAAAUGGUACUAGAAGCAGAAAUUGAGUUUAUGGCAA